AUGGGCACGACCGUCAACGCGCAGGAGGACUCCAACUCGGAGUACGUGCAGGCGGUGAAAACCGCCUGCUGCAAUUCGUACAUGCGGUUGGUGAAGCCGUGGCUGUACCCGGACGCCACAUUCUACGCGUCGCCGUCCGGAUGGUCCUUCUCACGGGCGCUCAAAGUCCUGCACGGGCUCACGAAAUCCGUUAUCCACAAGCGCAGGGGAAUCCACACGGAGGAAUUGAUGAAGAUUCAGCAGUCGGCCGAAGACGGUACCAAAUUGCGAGUAGCUUUCCUCGAUCAGCUACUCAUGGCAAACCACAACGGAGCUGGCCUGUCUGAUAUUGACAUCCAGGAAGAAGUGGACACGUUCAUGUUCGAGGGCCAUGAUACGACCGGAUGCGCCAUAACCUUCAUUCUGUACGCGCUGUCCGUGAACCCUGAGAUCCAGGAAAUGGCAUACCGGGAGGUAACCUCAGUGGUGGGCGAUGAGACACGUCACCUCACCAACCAGGACCUCGCACAGAUGAAGUAUCUAGAGAGGGUCAUCAAGGAGGGAAUGCGCCUAUACCCGAGCGUGCCCGUGUUCGGCCGGUCGAUCAAGGAGGACCUAGCCCUGGAAAUGGACGGGAAACGUGUCGUCCCGGCCGGCGCCACGGUGGCCAUCUGCCCCUACGUCCUCCACCGCAAAGAGUCCCUUUGGCCCGACCCGGAGCGUUUCGACCCCGACAGAUUCCUCCCCGAGAACUCAGUCGGCAGGCACGCCUUCGCGUACUUGCCGUUCUCGGCCGGCCCCAGGAACUGCAUCGGCCAGAAGUUCGCCAUGCUGGAGAUGAAGUGUGUUAUCGCGCGCCUGCUCAUGGAGUUACGCUUCAUCGAGGCGUAUCCUGGCUACAAACCAGAGGUAGCCGGCGAACUCAUCCUCAAGUCCAGAAACGAGCAUGUUCUCGUGCGCGUUGAGCAGCGACACUUAUAGACCAUGCGAGAACCAUCCCAACCAACGAGAAUCAGAAACAUAAGUCCCACAAGGUGCGGGAUUUGAAGAAGAGAAGAGAAACUCGAGAGGAAACAUUAUGAAGUUGUAGUUUUUAUUGUUAAGCAGAGGUCAUCAACUCCCAUAUAUUGGGCGUGGACGAACAAAUAUUAGUUGUUUAGCCGGAACUAAGAACAUCCAUUGAAUUCUACACACACUCAUGGAGGUACUCCGUUUAUUUCGUAUGGAGAGAUUCGUGAGUGCUCAGUUAAGCAUAAAAUAAGCGUAGUAUACGUAUUAAGCCAUAAAUAAUAUGUCAAAUUUUGAGCAUUAAAUAAUGUAUAGUUUUCUUGAUUUUUAUGCAGAAAA